GGGGUGGGGCGAGACCAUGUAUGUGCGCGGCUACUGCUUCCUGCUGGACCGGAACCUGCGCCUGACCCAGCGCUUCCCAGAGACCCUGCCCGAAUGCCCCAGGCGCCAGACGGACAUCCUCUUCCUCAUCGAUGGCUCGGGCAGUGUUGUUUCCAGUGACUUCUUGAAGAUGAAGGAUUUUGUGGUCCAGGUCAUGAGGCGUUUCCGGGGCACGGAGACCCAGUUUGCUGUGAUGCAGUUCUCCUCAGACUUCACCACCGCCUUUGACUUCAAGGAGUUCAGGGAGUCCUCAGAGGUUCACAUUGAAGAGCGGGUGCAAAGAAUUGUCCAAAAGGGUUACACAACGUGGACUGCCAGUGCCAUCCGCAGAGCAGUGCAGGAGGUGUUUGUGUCCAAAAGUGGCAUGCGGGCUGGGGCCACCAAGGUUCUCAUCGUGAUCACGGAUGGGAUGAAGUUCCAAGACACGCUGCACUACGCGGAUGUGAUCCCCGAGGCUGACAGAGCCGGAAUCAUCCGCUACGCUAUUGGGGUGGGCAAUGCCUUCUUCGAUGAGAAUGCUCAGCGGGAGCUGCGGAUGAUCGCCUCCUCCCCUGCAAGCGACCACAUCUUCCAGGUGGACAACUUUAAUGCUCUGCAGGGCCUCCAAGAGAAGUUGAAGAACAAAAUCUUUGCCAUUGAAGGCACCCAGUCCCACAGUGACAGCUCUUUCCAGCUGGAGAUGUCCCAAGAUGGCUUUAGUGCUCUCCUGUACCAGGACUUUUGUGUUCUGGGAGCUGUAGGUGCCUACGACUGGUCAGGUGGGCUCGUCCUUUACAAGCAAAGUGAGAAUCCCACCUUCAUCAAUGUGUCCAGGACCAGCAAGGAGAUGAAUGAUGCCUACCUCGGCUAUGCAGUCCAGCCAGUGGCCUCCAGGGGGCGCCGGGGCUACGUGGUGGGGGCACCGCGGUACCAGCACGUGGGUAAGGUAGUGCUGUUUUACUGGGAUCCCAAGGAAUCAGCCUGGAAGGCCGAGGGCAAGGUGAAGGGAGACCAGAUUGGCUCAUACUUUGGGGGCUCCCUCAGCACCAUGGACGUGGAUGGAGAUGGCAACACCGACCUCAUCCUCAUUGGAGCCCCCAUGUACUAUGGGGAGGGGAGCGGAGGCCGCGUCUUCAUGUGCCCUCUCCCAAAGCAGAGGGCGCCGCUGCGGUGUGACGGGGUGCUGCGGGGGCAGGGGAACCAGCCCCUGGGGCGCUUCGGGGCCAGCUUGGCAGUGCUGGGGGACGUGGACGGCGAUGGCCGCGCCGACCUGGCCGUGGGGGCCCCCCUGGAGGACGGUGCCCAUGGGGCCCUCUACAUCUUCCGCGGGCAGCAGCGCCACCUGCGCAACCAGCCCAGCCAGCGCAUCUCAGGGACCUGGGGGUCCAGGGCACCACAGGCACUGGGCCUGGCACUGAGCGGGGGCGCGGACCUGACAGGUGACAACCUGAAGGACAUUGCUGUGGGCGCCAAUGGGCAGGUGCUGCUGCUGAGGUCACGCCCAGUGCUGCAGGCGACCGUGACUGUGACCUUUGCCCCGACCACGAUCCCAACGACCGCCUUCAACUGCCAGGGCCGGGAGCAGCUGGGUGCCAAGGCUGCUACUGCCCAAGUCUGCUUCAGCCUCCGUCUGAACCCCAAGCAGCACUUCAAGGGCAGCUCCAUCUCGGGCACCUUCCGCUAUGAGCUGGUGCUGGACCCUGGACGGGUGAAAGUCCGUGCCGCCUUCGAUCCCCCACUGUCUGCCCAGUCCCAGAUGGUACAAGUCAGCCUCCCGCCCCAGUGCCAGAACUACAAUGUCCAGCUGCCUGUCUGCCCCGAAGACACCCUGGCACCCAUCACCCUGCGCCUGACAUACAACCUGACCGGGAACCCCAUCCCCAGCACCAAUGGCCUCACCCCCAUCCUGGCUGAGGACACGGAGCCGAUGGUUGUAGCCUCGCUCCCAUUUGACAAGAACUGUGGCAGUGACGGGGUUUGUGAGGACAACCUACAAAUCGCCUUCAAUUUCUCAGGCCUGAGCACCCUGGUGGUGGGUGACACCCAAGACCUCCAGGUCACGAUCCAGGUUCACAACCUCGGGGAGGACUCUUACGGUGCUACCAUGCGACUCCUCCACCCAGCGGUGCUGUCCUACCGCAAGGUCCAGGUGCUCCAGGUUGUCUUUGCCACCACCUUGGAUGUGCCCACCACGGCUGAACUGGGCGACCGCCUGCAGCUCUUGGCCGUCACCCGCAGUGACAACCAUGGCCCUGGAAAUGAGAGCAAGAGCCAGAGCGUGGAGCUGCCAGUCAAGUAUGCCAUCCACAUCAUCAUCACCGGUGGAGAGGACUCCACCCAGUACACGAACUUCUCCAGCAAGGAGGAGGAGGCCACCAGGACUGUGAUCCACCGAUACGAGAUCCGGAACCUCCGCCAGCGCAGCCCCCCCUUGUGGGUGACCUUUGAGUUCCCCGUGGCCGUGAACGGGGUCCCCAUGUGGGUCACCGCCCCCAAGCUGGCCAACUGCUACACGCUGCCUGAGACACCUGGGAUCAAGGACGUGAGUGAGGAGAUGAAAAAGAGCCCCCUGCUGGGCUGUGCCGUGACCACCUGCCAACGAGUGCGGUGCAAUGUCUCAGCCGUGUACAUGGAGCAGCCCCUAGAGUUCGUCCUGACUGGGAACAUCUCCUUCGGUUGGUUCUCCCAGACGGGGCGGGACAAGGUGACGCUGGUGAGCACAGCCGAGGUGGGCGCAGACCCAGGGCGUUUCCACCAGCAGGGGACGGUGCGGCACCAGGUGCAGACGGUGCUGGAGCGUGUCCACAUCUACAACUACGUGCCCAUCAUUGUGGGCAGCUCCAUCGGGGGCCUCCUUCUAUUGGCUCUCAUCACUGCUGCCCUCUACAAGUUUGGCUUCUUCCGCCGCCAGUACAAGGAGAUGAUGGAGUCAGCCAAGGAGGGUGAAGGCUCCGCCCCCACCCCUGGCUCUGCCCUUGGUCCCACCCCCAGUGCCCCGCAACAGUAGGUCUGACCCCCACCUUGGAUACCUGGGUUCUGUGUGUUCAGGUGUGUGUGUGUGUCUCUCCCUUCCCUCCUCCCCCUGCCAUCUCCCUCCGCCUCAGUCAGGGCACCCAGGCGUCCAAGAGUAUGCCCCACCCCCCCAGGCCCUCAUCCAAUAAAGAUGGACCCCUGGCUGCA